AUGGAUGACAGCAAAGGGGCAGCCAAGACCCACACGUACGUCUCCCUGGCCGAGGACGACCCCCCCGGACUCGCCGAACCCCCCGAAAGGACAACUGGCAAGCUCAUCAUGCACAGCACGGCCAUGUUCGGUCGGGAGUUCUGCUACGCGGUCGAAGCGGCUUUCGUGACCCCGGUGCUGCUGAGCGUGGGUCUGCCCAAAAGCCUGUACAGUUUGGUGUGGCUCAUCAGCCCCAUCCUGGGCUUCUUGCUGCAGCCAGUGGUGGGAUCUGCCAGUGACCGCUGCAAAUCCAAGUGGGGCAGGCGGAGACCCUAUAUCUUGGCUUUGGGCAUCCUGAUGCUGUUAGGCAUGCUACUCUACCUCAACGGGGAUGCCUUGGUGUCAGCCACGAACCCAGGGCCCGAGCAGAAGGUGAUCUGGUCCAUCGUCGUCACCAUGCUGGGGGUGGUGUUCUUCGACUUCGCCGCCGACUUCAUCGACGGACCCAUCAAAGCUUACCUGUUCGAUGUCUGCUCCCAUAAGGACAAAGAGAAGGGCCUUCAUUACCACGCUCUCCUCACAGGUCUUGGAGGAUCCCUCGGCUACCUUCUGGGUGCUAUUGAUUGGGGACGCUUGGAACUGGGAAGAUUAUUACUCACAGAAUAUCAAAUCAUGUUCUUCUUUGCUGCUGUGGUGUUUCUUAUAUGUCUCGUUAUACACUUGUGUAGUAUCCCUGAAGUACCUCUGACUGAUGACCAAAUAGACUCAAUCCAAAGGAUGAAACCCAAUAGCCUUCUGUUAAAGCCAAGUGAGCUGUAUGGAUACGGUUCUAUAGAGAAAGUCAACACCAGUUGUUUCACCCCAGAAUGCACAGAAGUAACAUUUUCCAAGAUGGGAGACUCGACUCAAAACCCUAAUGAACAGGCUCAGGGGAAGAUGACAUUGAAAUCCUUGCUGAAGACGUUGAUCAGCAUGCCAUCUCACUACCGCUGCCUCUGUGUCAGCCACCUCAUUGGAUGGACGGCUUUUCUCUCCAACAUGCUCUUCUUCACCGAUUUCAUGGGACAGAUCGUCUACCGCGGGGAUCCCUACGCCGCCCACAACUCCACAGCCUAUCUCAUCUACCAAAGAGGAGUCGAGGUUGGCUGCUGGGGUCUGUGUAUCAACUCACUGUUUUCCUCACUGUAUUCCUACGUUCAGAAAGCAAUGUUGUCCUGUAUAGGAUUGAAGGGGCUAUAUUUCAUAGGAUACCUGCUUUUUGGACUGGGAACUGGCUUCAUUGGAUUGUUCCCCAACAUCUACUCCACCCUGGUUCUCUGCUCACUGUUUGGUGUGAUGUCCAGCACUCUCUACACUGUGCCUUUUAACCUCAUUGCCGAGUACCAUCGGGAGGAAGAGGUGAGUUCUUUUCCAGAAAAAAAGCAGCAGGCAGCAGGAGGGGCGGCCGGAGGUGGUCGAGGGAAGGGAAUCGACUGUGCUGCUCUCACCUGCAUGAUACAGCUGGCCCAGAUCAUCGUGGGCGUGGGCCUCGGCUUCUUGGUCAACACGGCCGGGAGCGUAAUUGUCGUUGUGUGUUCUGCUUCCGCUGUGGCAUUAAUAGGUUGUUGCUUUGUGGCUCUUUUUGUCAGAUAUGUGGAUUAGAUCAAUAAAGACGGAAGAAA